AUGACUCAGAGCUCGUUCAUUACCGUCAGAAAGAGCGCGAAUAUAGCCCCAUAUGACCCUCGCAAUAUACGUCUCUCCUCCAUCCCCACAAACGCAAGCCUCUGCACAGUCCAAGCGCAUCUCGCCCAGAGCGUCAAAAAAAUAAACAAAAAUAACAAAAAUCACGGCUUACCACACAAGAAGGCGAUGCUCUUCUAUAACUUCUCUCACACACACAGAUGCGGCUCUCUCUUCUCUUCUAAUGAUCGCUGGACCCGCGCAUCAAAGCGUGAGGCUCGGCUCCUCCAUCGGAAUGCUGUCGACGGGAACAAAAAGCUCUACGCCAUCUAUGACACGAGCGUCAACGAACCCGGGAAUAUGUCCUUUGUCAAAGAGACUGUGGAUAAAUUGUUGAAAGGGUACGAUAUUAGGCUUCGACCGGAUUUUGGAGGUCCUCCGGUGGCGGUGGGAAUGAGCAUAGACGUGGCGAGUAUAGAUAUGGUGUCAGAAGUCAAUAUGGACUAUACGCUGACCAUGUACUUCCAGCAGUACUGGCGAGAUAAGCGGCUGGCGUACAUGGGCAUCCCUCUGAACCUGACCCUGGAUAACAGAGUGGCCGACCAGCUCUGGGUUCCCGACACCUAUUUCCUCAACGAUAAGAAGUCCUUUGUUCACGGAGUUACAGUAAAGAACCGCAUGAUCCGCCUGCACCCUGACGGCACGGUGCUCUACGGCCUCCGGAUCACGACGACGGCCGCCUGUAUGAUGGACCUGCGCAGAUACCCACUGGACGAACAGAACUGCACUCUGGAAAUUGAGAGUUACGGAUACACGACCGACGACAUCGAGUUCUACUGGAAAGGAGGCGAGACGGCAGUGACUGGAGUGACCAGGAUCGAGCUGCCGCAGUUCUCCAUCGUCAACUACAAACUGGUGUCUAGGAACGUGGUGUUUUCCACAGGUGCCUACCCUCGACUGUCGCUGAGCUUCAAACUGAAGAGAAACAUCGGAUAUUUCAUCUUACAGACGUACAUGCCCUCCAUCCUGAUCACCAUCCUGUCCUGGGUCUCCUUCUGGAUCAACUACGACGCUUCAGCCGCAAGAGUGGCUUUAGGAGAGGCGUUCGUCAGGAGAGGCGUUCGUCAGGAGAGGCGUUCGUCAGGAGAGGCGUUCGUCAGGAGAGGCGUUCGUGAGGCGUUCGUCAGGAGAGGCGUUCGUCAGAAGAGGCGUUCGUCAGGAGAGGCGUUCGUCAGGAGAGGCGUUCGUCAGGAGAGGCGUUCGUCAGGAGAGGCGUUCAUUAGGAGAGGCUUUCGUCAGGAGAGGCGUUCGUCAGGAGAGGCGUUCAUCAGGAGAGGCGUUCGUCAGGAGAGGCGUUUGUCAGGAGAGGCGUUCAUCAGGAGAGGCAUUCGUCAGGAGAGGCGUUCAUCAGGAGAGGCGUUCGUCAGGAGAGGCGUUCAUCAGGAGAGGCGUUCGUCAGGAGAGGCGUUCAUCAGGAGAGGCGUUUGUCAGGAGAGGCGUUCGUCAGGAGAGGCGUUCGUCAGGAGAGGCGUUUGUCAGGAGAGGCGUUCGUCAGGAGAGGCGUUCAUCAGGAGAGGCGUUCGUCAGGAGAGGCGUUCGUCAGGAGAGGCGUUCGUCAGGAGAGGCGUUUGUCAGGAGAGGCGUUUGUCAGGAGAGGCGUUCAUCAGGAGAGGCGUUCAUCAGGAGAGGCGUUCGUCAGGAGAGGCGUUCAUCAGGAGAGGCGUUUGUCAGGAGAGGCGUUCAUCAGGAGAGGCGUUCAUCAGGAGAGGCGUUCAUCAGGAGAGGCGUUCAUCAGGAGAGGCGUUCGUCAGGAGAGGCGUUUGUCAGGAGAGGCGUUCGUCAGGAGAGGCGUUCAUCAGGAGAGGCGUUCGUCAGGAGAGGCGUUCGCCAGGAGAGGCGUUCGUCAGGAGAGGCGUUCGUCAGGAGAGGCGUUCGUCAGGAGAGGCGUUCGUCAGGAGAGGCGUUUGUCAGGAGAGGCGUAUCACCACGGUGCUCACCAUGACCACCAUCAACACUCACCUGCGAGAGACGCUUCCAAAGAUCCCGUACGUCAAAGCCAUAGACAUGUACCUGAUGGGCUGCUUCGUCUUCGUCUUCCUCGCGCUGCUGGAGUACGCCUUUGUCAACUACAUCUUCUUCGGCCGCGGCCCCCAGAUGCAGAAAAAAUUGGCCGAGCGAGCGCAGAAGGCCAACAACGAACGCAAUAAAUUCGACAGGCCCAAGUCGUCCGUGGACUCAGGUAACUGCAGGAAACUGUCCAAUCAGUUUGUGGCUCGACGUCACUCUCGAGGGGUGGACUCUCAGGGGAACAUCCUCCUCACUACUCUGGAGAUACACAACGAAGUGGGCUCCAACGAGAUCACCACUACCACCCUGAGCGACACGCACAACUCCUCCUCCAUGAGCUUUGACAGCGUCGGCAAUAUCCAGUACCGGAAGCCCAGCUCGGCGCGGGAGUCGGGCCGCCAGAGCCUGGACCGGAACAUGCACCUAAAGAGAACGAGACUGCGAAGGCGCUCCUCACAACUCAAGAUCAAAAUCCCAGACCUCACCGACGUAAACGCCAUAGACAGGUGGUCGCGGAUGAUCUUCCCCUUCUCUUUCUCUCUAUUCAACCUCAUCUACUGGCUCUACUACGUCAACUAG